AUGGUUUCAAUGCUGAUAAGCAAGCAACUGAAAGUCACAUCUCUGAAGGGAGACCCGAGCCGCCUCUUCAAGAUGUUACUAACUCAGCAGAAUACUGCUGCGAUCCUUCAUCUUCGAGAGCAGACGGCCCUUCUUGUCGAGGAACAUAUACUCACGUUUCUCACUAGUGGUCAAGAUGUAGUCCUCGAAGGCAUAACAUCGACGCUGUCUCAGCCUCCGGCCACUCCCUUGAUCCGGAAAACAAUCAAGGAAUGUCAACUCGUCGCUCCGAAGGAUGACAAUAAUGCAACCACCGCACCACUUGACGACUCUCGUCCGGCAAGCCACACCGUUAAUCCGAGUUCAAAACCGCCAACUGCAUACAAGUUAGCUAAGGUUAAGGGCGUGGUGGUGCAGACUGCUCUGCUAGAAAAUGGACCUCAUGUGGAGGGUAUGAGCUUGGGCGACAACACCGAAGCAGCUCAGAUCUCGAGUUCCGAUUGUCCAGAUGAGGCGAUUGCUCAGGAUACUGGAUAUGCUGUGCGAUCCGGUUCUACUCCUGCGUUGGCUAUGGCAGUCAACGUCUCUCCGGUUGCAGACAACCCUGUCUCGGCUGAAAGGUUUUUGUUUUCUCAAAUUGAUCCCAGGUGGCCUCUGACUGAAGUGCUGCUUUACCUCAGUCGCAAUUCAUCAACGCCAUGUACAGACACAUUGGACCCAGAACCAGACCAAUCUUGUACAACAUCGAUCGUAAACCCGGAGACAACUAACAGCUGCCAACAUGUCGCUUUUACGAAAGAUGAAGCAGCAGUGGAACAUCCCACUUUCCCCGCACCACCAGUCAAUCAAAUGCACGUAGAAAUCAUUGGCAUCUUUUCCAAGUGCAGCGCUGAAUCGGAAUCAUAUCGCAGAGUUGCAGAAGGAGCGUGCACGACAAAGUUCCCAGCCGGCACCUUGUUCGACGACCUCGUAACUCAUUGUGAACAGGCGCAUUCGGAAUUUUUAAACGACCUUCUCGGGCUUGAUCCUGGCCAGCUGGCACUGAUUAAGAGUCAAAUGGACGAAUCUAUGCUAUAA